CAUGUUUCAAACUUGUCACACGUCGUGUCACAGGAUUCACAGACGUAGAUCAGGAAUGACGCCUAAUGCGCGGAUUCAUCCAUGUUUAUCGGCUUCGUUCCUCGACCUUUAUAAGCAACGUUUUAGUCUUCCAGAGACAUCCGCUUUCUCGUCGACGGAGCUUGUGCAUGUGGCAUCUGCAUGUGCUCUAGCUCGUCUUUCAAAUCAUAAGAAUUCUCCGAAAGCGCUAAACUCAACGCUUUUGCUUUACGCAUUGAUUCAAGCAGUGACAGGCAGCUGAGGAAAAAUGGCUUCAGGGAGAACAGCACUGGUGGCUUCAGUGUUGCUGAGCUGCAUUAUCGUGUCAUCUGCCUUCAAUGUCACCACCAUGCUGGACAAGUUCCCCAGCUUCAGUGAGAUGAAUAAGCUCUUGUCAUCGUCAGGUGUUGCCGAGGAGAUCAACUCCCGCAAGUCUCUCACUCUCUUGGCUCUUUCAAACGAUGUGCUGACUGCGUUCACUGCCAGCAACCCGAAUGUGGACGCCGUCAAGCUCGCAGAUCUGUUGCGAUACCAUGUCCUCCUGCAGUUCCUGGGGAUGGACGACCUGAAAGCCCUGCCCACUGACAACUACACCGCCGUCACCACUCUCUACCAGACCACCGGGAGAGCCAACGACAACGAUGGAUUCGUUAACAUCUACAACCUGCCAUCCGGAAUCCUCGUCGGGCCCUCAGUCGCAGGCUCCAGCUCCAACGCCACAGUCGCAACCAACAUCACCAACGAGGCCUUCGAUAUCAGCAUCAUCCAGAUCAACAGUAUCCUCACUCCUGUGGGCUUCAACACGGCCACGGGCGAUCUGAUCAAGGUGCUCGAGACGUUCAAGGACUACACCAUGUUCAUCAGCCUGCUCAAGGACUCCGGAGUCGACAGCAUCUUCGCAGGAAGGCAGACCGGAGGAGGAAUCACAGUGUUCGCUCCCACCGAUUCGGCAUUCAAUGGCCUCACCUCCGCCUCUCUCCAAGCUCUCAGCGUCACCGACCUGAAGCUGCUGAUGCAGUACCACGCUCUGACCUCAUACCAGCCCCUGGACAUCCUGCAAAACAUGGUGGACUCGCCCGUGUCCACCAUCGCCUCCACCAUCGCCUCCGGCUACCUUCUGAACGUGAGCUCCGCCGUCAUGACUGUCACUCUGCACACGGGAGUGAACGACGCCAAGAUCAUCGAAACGUUGUACGACGCCAGGCCCGUCACCAUGUUCGGCAUCGACGCAGUUCUGCUGCCCGCCGAGCUCUUCAGCAAAGAUGCCCUGGUCCCGACGCCCGCCGAAGCGCCCGUCCCCGAAGCGUCGGCCCCCGACGCUGCCCCCGAAGCGGCACCCGGCCCUGAGAAGCCUGCCGGCUCACCUGCCAGCGUGGUCAAGAUGAGCGUAGCUCUGUCCGCGGUGGCGAUGAUCGCCUCGUCCCUCGUGGCAGCUUUGUAAGAACGCAAACGCUCCACUCCCACAGAUUUUGGAGAAUCCAAAGGAAAUUCUUUUGUCCCAAUUGGAGGGAUGCAAUAAAUUGAUUUUAGGUAGCUUAGUUACGUGCUUGGUCGCUCGAUGGGAAGCGCUGUCAGAUAGAUUUGGGUUCAUUCUCACGAGAAAACCAUCUGUCCUUCACGUGCCGUCGAAAUAAAUUGUACAAUGUCUUUUCCUUCUCAA